AAAACGGCUUGCCAUAGAAGUCUAUAUGAAAUCAUCAUGCUCCAGAUGGGAGAAGGGCGGAAACAUUCCGAAAACCCCAUAAAGGACCCUUUUCAGGGAUUUUGGCCGCAGUAGUCGUGACUGUUUUGAACGCCUAUGGAACAGCCGAAGAAAAUGACGAGCGAACCCGAGGCAGAGGUUUCGGAUGUUGCUCCGGCGAUUGCUGCAGCCCAGAGCGCGAGCGAUUCAGGAGACACGGCGGCGGGAUCUUUACUGGAAGUUACUUUCCAGAGGAACCCCCGUCAAAAAUACAAAUACCUGGAGGCAGAACCGAAGAUUUUAGGGUUGACGGAGAUCGCGCUGACUGUCUUCUUCAUUGGUUGCAGAAUUCAGUUUUAUAUGGUAGUGUCUAUUGAACGGAUUACAAACAACAUCAUGCUAGCGUUUUCCUGUGUUGGCAUAAUUGCUGGCAGUGUGGCGAUAGCAGCGCAGAAACUCCACCUACCGACACUCAAGGCAUGUUUGGGAAUGCAAGUAGUCACAUGUGUGGCAUAUACUUUCUGUCUUAUCUUCACACUUAGUGAACACGAACACCUUGGUUUCUGCUGGUAUUUUCACAAUGAUAGUGAGAUAAUACAUGAAAACAACACAUGUCUACUUUUAGAGGAUGGAUUUAGUCAUCUGAGUUUAUUGGAUCAACUCAUGGAGGUGACUCAGAUUGCUCUGUCCGUCACUCUUGCCGCAUACUGCUGCAAGGUGAUUCCGUGCUGCACACCCAGAUCUCAUGUGCCUGUCAUCAUCAUGACGCCACCCACAGCUCCACAGUGAAAGUGAGAGUGUGUGCAUCUAACAAGAUAUAAUAAUAUAACAAUACUAAUAAAACUGAAUCUUAGGACACAUUAGUAGAUACACCAAUACAUCAUAGACAUAAUACCAUUAUUUCUGUAGAUAUAUUUUAAGAGCAUGAAAACAUUAACCCAAGUUUGUCUUUUCACAUAAUAUGCAGAAUUAUUUCUGAACACAGAGUCGUAUAAUAGCUAGUAUGAAUUCAUGUGAAUUAAUAUCUUUACAAUACAAAAUGUAAAACGUGUUAAAAAGGACCUUUUACAGAACAUAUACUGUAAGAAUCAGUCGCUAUAUGGACAGUGUCAAUACUCAAAUAAGAGGUUUUUAAAAUUUAAUAUUUAAAAAUUAUUACUAAUGAUUUUCUUAAACACAUGACAAAAAAAGCUAUUAAUGUAUCAAUAGCCAUGUUUCCAUCCACCUAUUUUUAUGCAUAUUUUGGGAUAUUGCAUAAAAAAAACAAUGGAUGGAAACAGCAAGAUGUGCAUAAAUUCUAAAAAUGCGCAUAAAAACAUUUAAAUAAGUCCCUUGAUACGCAAUAACACACUCACGUGACUUUGACUCAACAGUUGAUGUGAUUGGAUAACUGGACUAACCAAUUUCAUUGCACAGCAUCUCAAAUGCUAGUUAGAUUGUUCUGAAAUGCCUGAGCCAUGAUUGGUUUAAUUUCCUCCCAGAAGUGUCUCACAUGAUUGUGUUCACAAACACCAGCAUCAGAGUUAACACAAGAUAAGAUGACAGUGUUUCGUCUGCGCGCCCUGAGACGCAAGUCAUUUAUGAUGUCGAAAAAAAGAGCCACAGAUCCUUAGGCCUACUUCCUUCUCCGAUUGCAGCAACUUCCAUUUUUUUUACGGAUAUUUUGCGCCAGUUUCCCAGGAAGUGCCAAUUUUGUUCUCUUGAACACAUGGGAUGGAAAGGCUGCUUUGGAUGGAAACAUAGCUAAUGAUGAUGAAGUUUUUGAAUUGAACUUGAACUAACAAAGUUUACAUUUACUCACUGACCUGAAGUCGAGAUUGUAUUUGUUCUUUCUAAAUAAGCAAAGGACACAAACAUGUCCCAAAAAUCCACUGUGCAUGAUGCUUAACAUUCAUACUGUUUGUGAUAAAUGUCCUUUUUUUAACACAUCAUUUGAAGAUAUUGAACAUUUAUUUUUUUAUUGCCCUUUUUCUAUUUCUUUUUGGAUUUUAUAUUUUAUUUUUUUUACAUAUAUGUUAAUUUUAUGUUUUAUAUGCUGUUAUUCUGUUUCACAUACCCUGAACUGUAUCACAAUGCCUUAUUUUUGCCUUGUACUUUUGAAUUGUACUUGUCUGUGAUUGAACUAAAUAAAAAAAAAAGAUGCUUAACACUUA